CUUUCUACAAUGCACCCAGGGAGGUCAAUACAGUAUGAACUCAUGGCGCUUUUUCUACCUCUCCUGAACUCUUUCUCAACUUCUGAAUUCGCCGAGAAAGCCUUUGAGCUGGGGCACUGGAUUAUUAUUGCUCAUGGGGAAAUCCUCCGUAAUGACGUCUGAUGAGAGGGUAUAUGGCUAAAACUUUAAUCUAGAUUCCACCCCGGCCGAGGACGCAAGGAGACACUCGCCGAUGAAGGGAUGGAGAUAUACAGUACUCGCACAUACAUGUCUUUCACAUCAUGAACGAAUUCCCGACGCCCCCGAAUACCAUCGAAUACAGUAGGGGGGGCGGGGCGGGAAGCGGGUACCUGUGCGGAAAUCUUGGCUCGUCAAUCUGCCUGCGGUAUGCUCCAUACCGGAUUAGCUUCGAGAUCCGAUCUACGCAUCUGGUGGACUGUUGAUACUCCAAUAUAUCUAUCUCCUUUUUUCAAAUUCCCUUUUCCCAUCGAGAGUUGAAUCGUAUAUAACCCCUCCUCGGUUCCCCCAUCAGUCACUUCCCUCUCACCAUCAUCUCAUCGAGCCUUCAUUCCAUACGCAACUACAUCCUUUCAUCAAAUCCCGGGCUGGCUGAAUGGUAUUAUUACCUCUCUACCGUAAUCCACCUAAUCAAUCCUCCAACGCUCUCUUCUUUUGCUCUUAAUAAAAAUGCGCGCCUCAGUCAUCUCCAUCCUCGCUCUCGCUCUCAGCGUCUCCGCCUCUCCCCUCGUUGGGCGACAAAUCACUUCUAUUGAGACUCAGAUCGCUGAUGGCAACCAGGAGGGCGGCAACUCUGCUAGCAACAAGGGAAAUGUUGUUGGCGACUUCACCAUCGAGCAGGGUGUCCAAACUUGCGGAAAUUCCCAAUUGAACUGCUGCAACAAGGUUGAGAAGAAGGGGGAUACCACCAAUGCUGGUCUGCUCGGAUCCGUCUUUGGAAGUGGAGAUCUUGGUGUCCAGUGCUCUCCUAUCAACGUUGCCGCUGUUAUUGGUGCCCAAGUCCCUAUCAACAAUGCUUGCGACGCAAAGGCAGCCUGCUGCCAAGGGAACACCUCUCAGAAUGGUGUUGUCAACGUCGGUUGCGUCGCCCUCGCCUCGCUCAUCUAA